CCCUCCUUAGAAAACCAGUUCUUUCCUUCUAAUACGUUAAUUCUAAACUAUAUCGGGGGCAGCAAUGGCUUUAGUGUGCAAGGAAUCCCGUCGUCGCAGCUUCUGGCAUCCUUCAAAGACGUGGUGGAAAGCUACUGUUUAGCCCAAAACAUCUCAUUUAAGGUAAUGGGACAAGAUCCAAGCAGGGGGACCAUCUACGAAUUCUCCCGCUCCAGAAGGGCUACUGGAUACCUCAAGGAGGAUGUGUUAUACGUGAAACCAUCAAUGGGUGCAAAUUAUUCUGCAGUGGACGUUUCCGCGCUAUCAUCACUAGUUUGAAGAAUCUCAAUUUUUCACUUUGAUCUCACACCAUGUUUAAACAAGGUAUCACCACAAGCACACCUGUACUCAGGCGAGGUAUGGCAGCACCUCCAAGGGCUUCAUACAUGCUGUUAAUUCUGGUGCCUAGGGCCUACUCCGUUAAAGCCAAGUGGAAUGCUGUCAACAAAUCGAUUGACAAAAUCGGUGAUGAAAGCACAACCCAUAGUAAAAUUGCCCUCAAGCUCGUUAGAGCGCUUGGAGGCUUGUCAGUGAUUGCUGUGAUUUGCCUGUUGAUCUGGAACAGUCAGUUUGUGGAUCAACCAGCGAAACCAGAGGUCAAGUUGGGGGAUUUGCAACAGGAUAUAAGAAAGCAGUAGAAGAGGCGGUUUGUAAAUAGGACAUAGAAAGGGUGUGAUGUUCACGUUUCGGUGUAGGCAUUUGAACUGGGUUACUUCCAAUAUAAAUAUUAAACAUUAGUUAAAUCUGAGUACGGUUGUUGCAGCGAAAACGACAAGAACAGAAAGUACAAUUCUAAUUGUGGCCACAACCACACAACUCUCGUCUACUACAACCACUCGACCCUCACCCUCUAUGUCCACACGUCUCCCG